CCUUCCCAGUUUAUCGUCUUUUUAUUUUAACUUGUAGUUCACCAUAUAAUAGUUUCAAAGUUCUACUUGACGAUAAAAUUUAACACACAGAACUUUAAAGGUAUGUUUUUUACAAAAAAAGCUACAGUAAUAUUAUAAGACAGUAUAAUAUACCUACAUAUGUCUCUUACAACUAAUAUUGUUAACAAUAUUUCUUUCAGGAAUCCAAAUGGUUCUAUAUAAUACAACAUUAACCAAUAAGUUCCUUCAGACACUCCGGAAACCGUUUACAUUUUGCUAUUCCUCGCGAAAACUUACCCAGCUGAAACAAGGAAAUGCACCCCUUGUGGUGAGCCACGAUGCUAACAAACCCUUGACUCUUCGAAACUCCGUCGCGACGGCGUCUGUCAAAAUCGGCGGUCACCUGUCCGAGCUCAUGCUAGCAGAAGCCAUAAAAAAAGAUGAUGUUCUAACAGCAGCGCAAACAGCAGGAAUGGCGGCUGCCAGAAAAACUUUUGAAAUAUUUCCUAAUUGUUCUGCUCGCAACGACCUUCUGUCAGCCGUUAAAGUCACUACGCGUUUGGACGAACAACGAGGGAUCGUCGAAAUACUGGCGAGUGUCGAAAGCAAGGAUACAACAGGAGCAGAAUUGGAAGCGUUGACUGCUGUCAGUGUGUCGGCUUUGACGGUAUACAAUAUGUGCAAGGCAGUAACUAAGAGUAUUGUUAUUUCUGAUGUUUGUUUGUUGAAUAACAGUGGCGUAGUAAAUCACGAUGAGGUGGUAGAGUUGAGGAAUUUCAAUUCGAAGCGUGGUACAGAAGACUUUAUACCUAUUGUUGGAAUCGUCUAAAUUAAUUUUAUUAUAUUUUCUUCUCGAUAUUUCCUAUUAUAGUACCCGAGAGUUAAUUUAUACACUCUCUUAAUUGUACUUUCCCUAUCAUCGGAAUGCCUGUAACGUAUGGAGGACAAUAGUAUUAAAAUGUUUUCACCAAAUAUUUUCUCUUCGAAGUCACUAAAUAAAUAUAUAAUUCUUAAAAAUUUUAAAAACUGAUUGCAUUUUAAGUAAUUUUAAG